CUCCACUUCUGCCGGCUACACGAUUCACGAACAUCUUUUGCCGGCUUUAAAUACCCAUUUCCUCCGUUUUCCUGUCCAUAACAGUCCUCCAACCGUCAAAUCAUCAUGGACUUCGCUAACAACACCACCAACUACUCCCCCUCCUCCUCCUCCACCUCCACCUCCUCCACUCCCCACCCGACCAACACAACCACAACCGCCACAGCCACCACCACCUCCGAUCCAAUGCAAUCGUGGUGGGAAUCAAUCUCAAAAGCACGUGCGCGCAUCCUCUCCCUUUCAUCUCUCCUUCCUUCAGAUCCUUCCUCUUCUUUCUCCCUCUCUUCUCUCGCUGACUCUGACCGUCCCGCAAUUUCUCUCCUCUCCUCGAUCGAUGCUUAUAGUCUUCUCUCUUUAGCUCUUUCGAAUCCUUUAUCUGGUUCUGGCUCUGAUCCACUUUGUCAAUGGCUUUACGAGACUUAUCUUUCGCAGGACACCCACCUUCGUUUUGUGGUUCUUUCUUUUAUUCCUUUACUUCUUGGCUUAUAUCUUUCGCGAAUUCACUCUUCAGAUUCUGCUUCGAGUUCAAUCCCUUCUCUGGCUGGUUUUGAAGCUGUUCUUCUUGCUAUUUACUCUUCUGAAGCUAAAUCUCGCGGUGGUAAGCCUGUUCUUGUGCAAAUUCCUGAUCUUUCUCAGCCUUCUCUUUAUCAUACUCCGCGGAAUAAGCAUAAUUCAAGUGGGUUUUCGGCUGUUGGGGUCUUGUCGCCUUCGCUUGAGCCGCAGAUUGCUGUUAAGUCUACUAAGCGACCGAUUAUUGUUGGGAUUGUACUUGAUUGCUAUUUUAAGCAGAUCUCACAAAUGCCCAGUUGGUCUAAAGUUGAAUUGUGUAAAUUUGCUACUUCUUGGGCUGGUCAGGAUUGUGUUUGUAAAGAUAAAUUGGAUGGUGUUAAAGAAAUUGAAGUUAGGAAUGGUACUGGAAAUGGGUAUUUUUUGGAGGGUAAGAGUUUUAGUAAUGGUUAUGAAAAUAAUGGGUACGAGAUUGAUGAUGUUGUUGAGGAAAUGGAGGAGAAAUUGAGGUUUGAAAGAAACGGAAAUGAGGAUUUAGAGUCCAAAGGGGUGCGAAUUCCGCUGCCUUGGGAGAUUUUGCAGCCUCUAUUGAGGAUUUUGGGACACUGUUUGUUGGGGCCAUUGAAUUCUCAAGAUGUUAAAGAUGCAGCAUCUGUGGCAGUUAGGCGGUUGUAUGCUAGAGGGUCUCAUGAUUUGGCUCCGCAGGCUAUAUUGGCUACACGGAGUCUUAUUCAGCUUGAUAAUAAAGCCCGUGAGGCUGCAAAGACGGCUGCAGCAGCAGCAGCUGCUGCUAAUGUUCCUUCUAAUGCUAACACACCUAGUAAAGCUAAGAAACCAGAAAUUCUUUUGGUUUCCAAGUGAGUUGUUUGUUUUAUGCGGCAUUUACUUGGCAGGUAAUUGAUAUCCUAUGGCCAAUUUCAGUUAGUUGUAUGCAACUUGUACCGUAUCUGAUGUACAAGAGAUUAUAUAUGUAGUAAUACAUUAUAGGAUUGCUUGUACUCUUGUCAUUGUUAUGCGAUUUCCUUUUAUAUUGCAGAUUAUUAUUAACAGGAUUUGAUUCUUCUUUUUA